AUGGCGAGUAAGUCCAAAAAUGAAAGCAAAAGGGGACUAAAACUGACCGAGACAGAAACCCUCGCUGCGACAGCAUUAGGAUCGCUGGCUCUGGCCGGAUGGCUGGAUGCAAAAUUUCACAUCCGGAAUGAUCUUAGGACCCUUAUCUAUGGUCGAAGCCAGCGAGAUGCACAGAACUACAUCGCGGAGAAAGUACAGCAAGACCGACUACUCAUGUACCAAAUCCUAGAAGACCAAGUGAAGUCUCCCGCCAUUGCCAAUAAUGUGUUCCUGAUAUCCGCUGCCGAUGGCCGGACCUGGACCUACAAGGAGUUCCUGCAGGAUGUUAACAAAGUCGGCAACUGGCUGCUGCAAGAGCUGGACAUCCAGAAGCAAGAACUUGUUGCUCUGGAUGGGCUUAACAGUCCGGAGUAUCUCAUCGCUUGGUUUGCGUUAGACUCCAUCGGCGCUGCCCCAUGCUUCAUCAACCAUAGCUUGACUGGCCAGUCACUAGAGCAUUGUAUUAGGCUGUGUGAAGCGAGGUACUGCCUCGUCGAUGAGCAAAUCAAGCACCUGGUUGAUCCAGUGAAGGAGACUCUUGAUAAAUGCAACAUCAUCUACUACUCCCGGGACUUCUUUUCUUCGCUAAAAUAUCCGCAUACACCACCGUCUCCGGAGCGGCGCCGCAGCAUUCCACCGGACUCCACGAAGAUUCUGCUUUACACAAGCGGCACAACAGGAUUCCCAAAGGCAGUUACAAAAGCCGCAGCAUUUGAAUUAUACACCGGCCGGGGCGUUGCUCGGUAUUUGGGGCUGAGACCAUCAAACCGAUUCUAUACGUGUCUACCACUAUUUCACGGGGCAGCGCAUGCGCUGUGUGUCACCCCAGUCAUCCACGCCGGAUGCACUCUUAUCCUAGGACGGAAGUUUUCUCAUUCCACAUUCUGGCCGGAGGUCGUCACAUACCAAGCAGACAUCAUGCAAUAUGUAGGCGAGCUCUGCCGAUACCUUGUUAAUGCAAAGCCCCACCCCCUGGAGAGGGAGCACAAACUGAAGAUGGCAUGGGGCAAUGGGAUGAGGCCGGAUGUGUGGGAGCCCUUCCGACAGCGGUUCGGCAUUCCGACGAUACAUGAACUAUAUGCUGCCUCGGACGGGAUGGGCGCCAUGUAUAAUCCGAACCGAGGAGAAUUCAGCCGACAUGCAAUUGGCGUCCGGGGACUUCUCUGGAACGUUAUCAAUGGCUCACGAGAGAAAAUGGUCAAGAUCGAUGUUGACACGCAGGAAAUCAUUCGCGAUCCAAAGACGGGCUUUGCAACAGAAUGUCCCCGGGGCGUCCCAGGCGAAACGAUCCACUGGGUCGACCCGGCCAAUCCAUACGCCCAAUUCGAAGGAUACUACAAAAACCAAGAGGCCACGAACAAACGCUUUAUCCGAGAUGUGUUCAAAAAGGGAGACAUGUGGUUUCGAUCCGGUGACAUGAUGAGACAGGACAGUAAUGGAUGUGUCUAUUUCGUUGACCGUCUUGGUGACACAUAUCGCUGGAAAUCAGAGAAUGUCUCCACAAAUGAGGUGUCCGAUCUGCUGGGCCAAUUUCCUGGCAUUGCAGAGUGCAAUGUUUACGGGGUGCUUGUCCCAAACGCCGAUGGCAGGGCUGGUUGUGCAGCAAUUGUCUUUUCGGAUGGCCUGACAGCAGACGCCUUUGACUUCAAAGGUCUGGCAGAGCAUUCCCUGCGCCGCAUGCCACGAUAUGCUGUCCCGAUCUUCCUAAGAAUCACUCAUGCAUUGGGGUACACAAGUACGAUGAAAUUGCAGAAGGGGAAGCUCAGGCAGGAGGGCUGUGAUGUCGCGAAGGCUGAGGCGUCGGGGGAUACUAUGUACUGGUUGCCACCAAACGCGACGACGUAUGUUCCAUUCACUCAAGAGGCAUAUCAGAAGGUGAAGAGCGGAGAGAUACAACUUUAA